UUCCUCAGCUGUACUGCCGCUCUGCAAACUUGGAGGAAAAAGAAACUGGAAAGUGAAAGGGACUUCACCUACCUGUCAGAGCUGUGGGCACGUAAGGAGGGGAAGGGGCUGUGUGAUUGUGAAUGAUAGGAAACCUUAUGGAAUGCUGGACACAGUGCAUGUGAAACUUAUCUAUUGCAUGUGGACUGGAAGAGUAGCUCCAACAUGCUGGUGUGUGACAUAUGCACACAGGAAGUGUCCUCUGAAGAUGACAUGAAGAGCCAUUUGCUUUUAGCACACAUGGAACAAGACUGUUGGUGUCCUUUCUGUACACUUGCUGGUCUCACAUAUGAUGAACUGAGCCACCACAUUCAAACAGCUCAUGCAGACACCUUGGAGCCAUGGUGUAGUGAUGAGGAGCAGUCUAAGGAUGCCCAUGAUGGUCCAACCUUUUCCAGCAGCAGCUCCAUCAGUACACCAGACAAAGAUCUUGGAACAGGACACCACAUAAAGACUCCUGAAAAACGUUGGGUUCCUCUAGACGUAGAGCUGAAUACCAAGAAAUCACAAAGCAGCUGUAAAGAAGCGGAUGUCCCCAAGAACGCUAAGACUCUCCAUGCAAUUCCAGCAUCAGAAGCCUCUGGACUUGAUAGUGAUCCACCUACGGCAUGUGCAUCCCCCAUUGCUGGCAGUGAAGACCUUGUUAUUGAGUGCCCCUUUUGCAGUGAAACUAAAAACUCUAUAGACAAACUUGAACUACACGUGAGAAGGGAACAUGCAGAUCUCUUGACGUCACCCACUAAAGAACAUGUCAAACAGCAGUACGAAUGCCCCAUGUGUUCUCUGGUCUGUUCCACUGCUAACAUCCUGCAAGAACAUGUGUAUCUGCACUUGGAAGACACCUGUGACACAAAUACAGCUAAGAUCACCAGUGAUUCGAUAUUAGCCAGACAGCUACAGGCUGAAGAAGAUAAAAGGAGAAGAAUAGAAGAGUCAAAGAGAGAGAAAGUAGACUUCCAGAAAUUACAGAGACAGUUUGGCUUAGACAAUUCAGGAGGAUAUCGACAGCAGUCUGUACAAAAUUUAGAAAGAGCAGUUGCAAGAGGACGAAUGCGCCCCAUGGAUUUUCACCUGCAUAAAGCUGAAAUGAUGGAAUCUUUAGCUACAGGUGUAGAUGAUGGUAGAACAAAGACUUCAGGAGUUAUAGAAGCUUUACGUCAGUAUUACAACAUUGCUGGGCCAGAAGUGCGUCGGGUCUGGCUUUGCUCUCCAUUGGACCACUUCAGCAGUUCUGCAGGAGAUAAAGGAUGGGGCUGCGGCUUUCGAAAUUUUCAAAUGCUACUUUCUUCCAUUUUGAUCAGCGAUACAUACAAAGACAUCUUACAAGAUUUUAGAUACAUCCCCUGUAUACCGAAGAUUCAAGCUAUGAUUGAAGAUGCCUGGAAGGAAGGUUUUGAUCCUCAAGGUGCCUCUCAUUUCAAUGGUAAAUUGCAGCGCACCAGGGCUUGGAUCGGCGCAUCUGAGAUAUAUGGUCUUCUAACCUCUCUGAAACUGAAAUGUCGAAUUCUUGACUUUCACACACCUAGUGGUCCAUCAGGAACACAUCCCCUCUUGUUUGAAUGGGUUUUAAAUUAUUAUGCAUCUGAUACUAGAGGAGCUGAAGGCAAGGUAGUGUGCUCCUCCAAGCCAGCCAUUUACCUUCAGCACCAAGGUCACAGUCGCACUAUUGUGGGAAUUGAAGAGAGGAAAAAUAAAUCCUACUGCCUUUUACUGUUCGAUCCUGGCUGUCCGUCGGACGCUAUGCAGAGACUGACUAAGAAAAACGUAGAUGCUGCAGAUCUCAAACACUUUAGGAAAUAUGUUGGUGGCCUAAAACAUAAGCAGUACCAGAUUGUGGCAGUAGAGGGCAUUCUCUCCCCAGAGGAAAAGGCAGUCCGUUUACAGAUGUCUAAAGUUUUUCGAGCUGAAAGAAUUCCUUAAAGAAAAUUUUCCAGCCUUUAGUCGUGCAAUAAAUUUAAAUGGAAACAUUUACCCUAAACUGUCUGAUGGGUCUAUUCCUGUUUUAUAACAGUACUCACACUGGCUUGGAUCAGCUUUUAGAUAAAUAUAUAUAUUUUUAAACAUUUUGUAAUGGUCUCAUAUGUAUGUAUGUUUGUAAAAAUAAAUGUGCUAAAGCAAUGCU